GGAGAUACAGGCCACCUGGCCACCCUGGUUCCUACGGGCCUGUUUUCAACUAUAUAUGGCACUAAUGGUAUUAUGUUGUGCAAUUUAAAAAAAAGCAAAAAUGUUGAAUAAUAGAGUUGUGUGCCCAUGUCGGGUAUGGUGUCGCUGUAAACGUAUGAUUCAGUAACUUCCGCGUUAUUUGUCAACAUCACAUGAAAAUUUUACGACUGUAGUCAAUAUUUAGCUGCAGUGUUACCCGGAAAAGGAGACACAGUUUUACUAGAAGAUAGAAGCAUGGAUUUCUUUAAAAAGAAACCAACUGUAGAACAGCAAGUACGACAGAAUGACCGAGUUUUAAAAAAACAACAAAGGGAUAUGACACGGGAUAGACAGAAACUUGAACAAGAGGAAAAGAAACUGGAACUUGAAAUAAAGAAGGCAGCAAAGCAAGGAAAUAAACAGGCAGCUACAAUACUGGCCAAACAACUGAUAAACCUAAGGAAACAGAAAACAAAAAGCUAUGCCAUGGGCACAAAAAUAUCAGCUAUUGGAAACCAACAAAAGCUGAUGCAUUCUAACAUGAAGAUGGCCAAUGCAAUGGGAACCACAACAAAGACAAUGACGGAGAUGAACAAGGUGAUGGAUCCACAGAAGAUGGCCAAAACAAUGCAAGAGUUUUCCAAAGAGUCCACAAAGAUGGAGAUGACAGAGGAAAUGAUCGAUGAUACACUGGAUGAUAUUCUGUGCGAGUCUGGAGAUGAGGAGGAACAGGACGCCAUUGUCAACCAGGUUCUUGACGAGAUUGGAAUUGAAAUAUCAGGAAAGAUGGUUAAUGCUCCAUCAGCAAUCCGAGGCGACCUGGGCGAGUCCUCGAAGAAAGGUGUAUCUGAUUCCGACAUAGAACAGCAGCUGGCGGCCCUCAAAGACUUGUAGCAGCUCCAGAGUGACCUGUGAUGUGGACGUGGACGGCAGCGGCAGAAACAUGAGCCGUGUUGAGAGUGGACAUUACAACAUUCUCAUUGACGGGUUACUGUCGUUGUUCUGGGAUUGGCUAAACAUGAACUUCAGGGAUGAACAUUCUCUUGUCAUUCCUCAUCCCAUAACAUCCGUCUGUGCCUUCUGAAGGGUGACACUGGACCGAUAUCGUCCAAUACGGGAUUAUUAUGUGUGUAACUUGAACAGAAGGUGAUUUUGUGUGCUAAAUAAUGUCAAUGAUGAAAAGUGCUUGGCAUUGUGAGUGUUACUCUGCUACUGGUACAAUCGUGCUGGUAUAUUAUACAAGUAAUGGUGUCAUGAAAUGCAUACGAUGGAAGUACCAUAUUGGUCAAUAGUGUGCCAUAUUGUGAUCAAAACAGACAUAAUUAUUGCCUUUGAAGUGCACUAUUAUAGUAUGGAAUGGAUGAGUAUGUUUUUAUUAUGCCAUAACUACUAUUUUAUUAAAAUAUAAUCCAUAAGAAGAAAAUGGGGAAAAAGUAAUGUUUGUUUAACGACAGCUCAGCCCAUUUUAAACUAUGGCUGUUUGAUGAUAACAUAUGGCUAUUUUGCCAAGUCAUCAAUAGAGAGUGGUGGGGAUACAGCGUCCUACUGAAGGAAAAGUAGCAAGGGAUGUUUUAUAAUAAUAAAUUUGUAUCCACUUUCCCAUAGACUGGACAAUACAAGACCUUUGAUGUACUUGUUAUGGAUCGCUGAAUUGCAGAGAAACUAAAUCCCUGAGCUAUGUUCUGCCUCUACAUAAGAAUUUAAUAAUUUUCUUAGUUCUUCUUAUUGUUAUAAAAUACAAAGUUGCAAUGUAGCUUGACGAUAUUAUACCAACAUUUACUGAUGCAAAAUACAAACACGGCUACCAUUUUGAAAACCUUGUUCAAUAUCAUCAUCAGUCAUCAGCUGCCUUCGUACAACAACAUGCAGAUCUGCUGCCUUGUUUUGUCAUUACUGUGUAACAAAACCAUGGACUAGUGCAAACUUCACUGUGUUAAUGUGGAGAAUAUUACAUUCUUAUGUGAUGUACAUUAGUCACUGUGGUCAAAACAUUAAAAAAUGCCAUACAACGGAAAGAAAGUAAAACAUGUAGUGUACCUUUCAGCUCUAAUGAUUUCUCCAAGAGUUUCUGAUGUAUUGCAAUCGCCAUCCCACCACCCACCCCAAAUCAAUGCUUCCUUGGCGUUAUAUAAUGUUAAUUAAUUUUACUUUUUAGUUUUAUAUUAAUUACAAAAGGAACAAAAGGUAAAAGUUGAAAAAGGGUUGCCACAAAAACACUGAUUGUUUUCUAAGCUGGCUUAAAUUCACACAAAUUAGUUUUGUGUAUUGCUGUAUUCUUGGGAUUGUGAUGAAUUGGGUUUUUUUAAUGCAUCCGUCCAUUGUCUUGUUUUACGUUUAUCAUGGUUCAUUAUGAUUUUAGUACAUUAUCCAAGUUACAGGAAACUAAUAACUAAUAAUUAUAUAUCCUCACUGUCAUAGACAUUCUAUAUUUUAGUUGGGUUUUUUUUUAAUAUGUUUUACAAGGUGUGUAGAUAGAUGAGUUUAUUUAAGUUUUUUUGGAAUGGCCUGAUAAUAUUUCUUCUCAAAUGGGCUUCAUAUGUGUAAGCAAAAUGUAAAAAAAACAACUUAAUUACUGUAUCACUGUUAGCAAUAAGGAAACAAUAGGUAUGAUAUCAUAAUUACUACUAAACUGACUAUCCAUUAUAAUUUUUUUGUUUUGUUUAACGACACUACUAGAGCACAUUGAUUUAUUAAUAAUCGGCUGUUGGAUGUCAAACGUGUUUAAUCUAACAUAGUCUUAGAGAGGAAACCUGUUAGUAGCAGGAGAUCUUUUAUAUGCACUAUCCCACAGACAGGAUAGUACAUACCACAGCCUUUGGUAUACCAGUCGUGGUGCACUGGCUACAGACAUUCCAUUAUAAAUGAAGGAGAUGACAUUAAGAGUGUUUUAAAGUUUCUGGUUACUAAUAAGCAAGUUUUACAAUGUACACAUCCUGUGUGCUGAAAUAUGUGUUUAGCAUGUAUCUUAUAGCAAUGUAAACAUUAAUAUGUAAUAUGUAAGAAUGAUGACUUUUCAGGAAUACAGCAUUUAAUAUUUGAAAGCUUACAGAGACAGAAGAACCAAAAAAGUGAAACAAAGAAUCUAGUCCUUCCCUUGUAUUAGUUGCCCACAAAAAAGUACAACCAAAUGAUUUCAUUACUGCCAUAUAUAUGGGUGACCAACAGGUGAACUGAUGACAUGACUGAAGGUUGGAAAAGGGGUAAAUGCACUAGGUCAGAGGUCAGGAUAAGUAUUAAUAAAAGAGAAAACACUUAAAUUUUUCUUCCAUUUUUUUUUGCCAUCUAUUCUUGAGGGAACCACUAUUUAGAGAGAGAGCGAGGGAGGGAGUUGGCUCAUCACGUCUAAUUGCACAUAACAAAAGGAUGUAGACGGUUCUUGUUAUUAAGUAAUUACUAUCGUUAAUUUCAUUGUGUUUGCAUAAAAAUCAAGUGCAGUUGAUGUGUGAUUUUAUAUGAUCUCAUAAUACAACACUGAUUUUUCAUAUCUGUAUAGACAUUGUAUACCUGUAUAUUAUAUGUAUUGUUAUGGCUUGUAAAAAAAACCUCACAUGUUAAUAUUCUGAAAUUGAACUGUCAAUUUGUCAGCC